AUGACCGCAGAGGACACCAAACCUGAAGCCAAGGCUCAGCCCACCCAAGAGCCUGCUGCUGAGACAGAAUCGGCUGUCACAGUGGUUCCUCCAUCUUUCGAGUCCGACGUUUCCGAAGAUGAAGAGGAGGAAGCUUUCGAGGCAAUUGAGGCCGACGAAGACCUUCUGGCCGAUGCUGACCUCGACAUUCUCGACAUUGACCUCACUCAUCUCAAGAUCCGUGACUUUGCCAAGCUUGGUCUGGGUCGAUUCAAGCAGCUUGAGACCCUCUGUCUGCGACAGAACAUUUCUCCUAGCACGGAUGGCCUGGAGGAGGUAUCUGAUACCCUGGUUGAUCUCGACGUGUACGAUAACCGAAUUGGCAAGAUCGAGAAUGUGAACCAUCUGGUGAACCUCACCAAUCUGGAUUUCUCCUUCAACAAGAUCCGUCACAUCAAGAACGUCAGCAAACUCACAAAGGUCAUCAACUUCUAUCUUUGCCAGAACAAGAUCCAGGAAAUUCGAGGUCUGGACAACAUGCCUGAUCUUGUUAACCUUGAGCUUGGAGCCAACCGAAUCCGAGUCAUUGAGAACUUGGACCAUCUCAAGAACCUGCGUCAGCUGUGGCUCGGAAAGAACAAGAUCCGAAAGCUGUCUGGUCUGUCGGGACUGGAGAGUCUAGAAACCCUGUCUAUUCAAUCCAACAGAAUCACCAAAAUCGAGGGUCUGGAGAAACUGAAGAACCUGGAAGAGCUGUACAUUAGUCACAACGGAAUCACGAAGAUCGAGGGCCUGGAACACAACACCAAGCUGCGAACCCUGGACAUUACUGGAAACCCCAUCACCACCCUGGAGGGUGUUUCGCACCUCAAGGAUCUGGAGGAGUUCUGGGCCUCGGAUUGCAAGCUCUCCAACUACAAGGAGAUUGAGACUGAGCUUGGACAGCUGCCAAACCUCGAAACAGUCUACUUUGAGCGAAACCCUCUGCACCGAGAAAACCCUGCCACCUACAGAAACAAGGUGCGACUUUGUUUGGGCCCUUCCCUUCGACAGAUUGACGCUACUUUCAUCAAGUCUUAG